UCCUGCGAGCGACCCCGCGGCGGGUGUGCGGCGAGCGUGUGCCCCGUCCGCGGCGGGCUCCGCGUCGGAUCCCCGCUCCUUCCCGCCAUGAACCGCUACCUUCUGCCGCUGUCCGUGCUGGGCACGGCGGUGGGUGGCGCGGUGCUGCUCCGAGACUACGUUGCGGGCGGGGUCUGUCCCAGCAAGGCCACCAUUCCUGGGAAGACCGUCAUUGUGACCGGCGCCAACACGGGCAUCGGGAAGCAGACGGCCUUGGAGCUGGCCAGAAGAGGAGGCAACAUCAUUCUGGCCUGUCGAGAUAUGGAGAAGUGUGAGGCGGCGGCAAAGGACAUUCGCGGGGAGACCCUUAAUCACCGUGUCAGCGCCCGGCACCUGGACCUGGCCUCCCUCAAGUCCAUCCGAGAGUUUGCCGCGAAGAUCAUCGAAGAGGAGGAACAAGUGCACAUUCUGGUCAACAAUGCAGCUGUGAUGCGGUGCCCCCACUGGACCACCGACGAUGGCUUUGAGAUGCAGUUUGGCGUUAAUCACUUGGGUCACUUUCUUUUGACAAACUUGCUGCUGGACAAGCUGAAAGCCUCGGCCCCUUCACGGAUCAUCAACCUCUCGUCCUUGGCCCACGUUGCAGGACACAUAGACUUUGAUGACUUGAACUGGGAGAAGAGGAAGUAUGACACCAAAGCAGCUUACUGCCAGAGUAAGCUGGCCGUCAUCCUCUUUACCAGGGAGCUGAGCCGGCAGCUGCAGGGCACGGGUGUGACUGUCAAUGCUUUGCACCCUGGUGUGGCCAGGACAGAGCUGGGCAGGCACACAGGCAUGCACAGCUCUGCCUUCUCCAGCUUCACACUCGGGCCCAUCUUCUGGCUGCUGGUCAAGAGCCCCCAGCUGGCAGCCCAGCCUAGCACAUACCUGGCUGUGGCAGAGGAAUUGGAAGGUGUUUCUGGAAAGUAUUUUGAUGGACUCAAAGAGAAGCCUCCAGCCCCUGAAGCUGAGGAUGAGGAGGUAGCCCAGAGACUUUGGGCUGAAAGUGCCCGCCUGGUGGGCUUGGAGAUGUCCGGUGGUUCCUCUGUGAGGGGGCAGCCCCUCCCCAAAUAACCUCUGGGAGCCUUUGAAAACCACGUGGGAGGCUGAGUACCAGGAUGGAGCGGCAAGACCAACCAAGGCUGGCGGCUGUCUGCAGCACCGUCUAGGUGGCAGUAUUGGCCAAGGAAUGCUGACUGCCAUGCCCACGUCACCCUCUAGGUGGCAGUCUUGGCUGUGUGAGCCUCAAGACCACUGCUGUCAUGCCCUCAGCCUCCUCUAGGUGGCAGUAUUGGCCAAGGAAUGCUGACUGCCAUGCCCACGUCACGCUCUAGGUGGCAGUGUUGGCUGCGUGAGCUCAAGACCACUGCUGUCAUGCCGGCACCGCCCUCGAGGUGGCAGUACUGCCCAAGGAACGCUGGCUGCCAUGCGCAUACCACCCUGUAGGGGUCACUAGCGGCCCUUUUCUCAGGCACAGUGGAUGGGACUGCAGAUGCGCACCCGUCGCAACUGGUGCGGUGCGCCCCGCAGCCCGCAGGUGCGCGGGGCCGUCAGACACCUGCCUUGAGCGUGUAACUGGGAACUGCUGAGGGAGGAGUCCGCUCCCUCUGGCGUGGCCGUCAGGAGAGCCUGUGCAGAACUGUACGGCCGUUGGGAAAGUUGUCGGCCACACACGGCCAAGGUCAUGGUUCCCCGUGGGACCGUGCACACCCUCAGUUGCCUUUCUGAGCCUCGGUUUCUCCCACUGUGAAUGUGCAGAAUAACUUGACUACCUCGCGGGGCGGUGUGGUGAUGACGGAGUUCUCGCCUUGCUGCUGAAUGUUCACUUGCGCGUGCCGUACCCUGGGCGAGCCGCCGGGGUCACCCCUGAGGACAGGCCUUGUAAUGCCAGUCCUGCUCGGGACAGCAAGGAGUGAGAAGCCCACCAGCUGCGCAGCUUCGGUGACAGAAUCGGGGCUGGCACUCAGCUCCCGCACAGAAUGGGGGGCGGGGGCCGCACCAAAAAGCUCAGGAAUCAGGAUACAAGUAUUUUAGCAUAACGAACAUGUACCAUUUGAGAUGCUUGUGGAGGCCAGAGAUGAUGCUCCAUGCCCUCCACUACCCAGAACAUCAGCCAGUGGCCCUGCCCCAAAUGCCGACAGUGCUGAGGAAGGUGGGAUUAAAGACGGCUCAAAGUUUUAUAAA